AUGGCGAACAAACAGGGGAAGAUGGCUGACUUGACGCGAUCUCUCUUUAGGCCGGCUACGUAUAUCAACUACCGGAUGAGAGUCACUCUGAACGACGGUCGCCAGAUGACCGGUCAGAUGCUUGCGUUUGACAAGCACAUGAACCUCGUCCUCGCCGACACGGAAGAGUUCCGACGCGUCAAGCGCAAGCAGAACAAGCCCUCCGCACCUGGCGCGAGCGGCUCUGGCCAGACUGUCGAGUCGGAGGAGAAAAGGACCUUGGGCCUUACGAUUGUCCGAGGCGCUCAGAUCGUCUCGCUGUCGGUCGAGUCGGAGCCUCCUGCGGACCCUAGCGCUCGCCUGGGCAAGAGCGCAACUGGCGGCAUCGCAUCUACUCUCAGUGCUGGCCCUGGUGUUGCCCGCCCUGCUGGUCGCGGGGCUGCUGUGCCGCCAUCAUUGGCAGGACCUGCUGCUGGUGUUGGUGGUGGCGCGGGUGGCGCAUUCCCUCCCCAAGGCUUCCCUCCCGGUCCUCCUGGCGGCGGUCCUCCUGGCUUCAACCCUCCGCCUCGGAGGUAA